UCCUCUUUUCUCCUCUCCCAACACGAAAAUUCCCCUUCUCCUUCUCCCGUCGCGACGACCACCACCACCACCACCACGGCGGCGGCGGCGAUCAGGUGCACGAGACUGAUGUUCAAUUGAUGAAUGAUGACUGUUCCGAUGGAUACUACUGCCGCCCCGCCCCCGCACGACCUCGCCAAGCGCCUCUUUAAGAAGAAUGCUGAACUCAAAAGUCUUCUGGAGAAGUCGGCGCAGUCCAAGAUCCCCACGGACCCCAACAUAUGGCUCCAGAUGCGCGAGAACUUCGAGAAGAUGAUCCUGGCGGACCACGACUUCUGCGAGAAGCACGAGAUCGAGUACAUCCUGUGGCAGCUGCACUACAAGAGGAUCGAGGAGUUCAGGCACCACAUCAGCACCGCUGGCGCAGCGGCGGCUCAGAACGGGAAGAGCAGUGCCAACGCGGAACGGAUCAAGAGGAUCAAGUCGGCAUUCAGGGGCUUUCUCUCGGAGGCGUCUGGCUUCUACCAUGACCUGAUGUUCAAGAUCAAGUCUACCUAUGGCCUUCCUGUCGGUUACUUCUCCGAGUCUCCUGACAAUGCAAAGAGUGAUAAGAAAGCGGCUGAUGUGAAGAAAGCCCUGGUAUCAUGCCACCGUUGCCUCAUAUAUCUGGGUGAUCUGGCCCGUUACAAGGGUAUGUUUGGUGAUGGCGAUUCUGCAACUCGUGAAUAUGCCGCGGCUUCUAGUUACUACAAAGAGGCAGCUGCAAUCUGCCCUUCCAGCGGCAAUCCGCACCAUCAGCUCGCAAUAUUAGCGUCUUACUCAAGCAACGAGGUAGUGGCUGUCUACAGAUACUUUCGAAGCUUAGCUGUAGACACUCCCUUCUCUACAGCACGGGACAACCUGAUUCUUGCUUUUGAGAAGAAUCGCCAGAGCUAUGCACAGCUGCCAAGCAACAACAAAGUUGCCACGGCUAGGACACUACCCCCACGAUCAGCUGGGAGGGGCAGAGGACGCGGCGAAAUAAGGUUUCAGCCCAAAGAUGUCAAUACUGAAGCAGCUUCAAAAGAGCGAGAGCAAAGUAUGCCUGAUACACUGAAGUCCUUCUUUGUGCGGUUUGUUAGACUGAAUGGAAUUCUUUUCACAAGGACUAGUUUGGAAACAUUUGAGGAACUGUUUGAUAUGGUCCGCAAUGAUCUGAAAAUUCUUCUCUCUUCUGGUCCCAACGAAGAGCUUAAUUUUGGUUCUGAUGCUGCAGAGAAUGCAUUAGCUAUGGUUCGACUCGUUGCAAUCCUUAUAUUCACAGUGCACAAUGUGAGAAAGGAACCGGAUAGCCAAUCGUAUGCUGAAAUUGUGCAACGCAGGGUACUGCUUCAAAAUGCAUUCACAGCUGCUUUUGAGUUUGUUGGACGUAUUCUCAAAAGAUGCUCAGAGCUUCGUGACAUUGCAUCAAGUUUCUAUCUUCCAGCCAUUGUGGUCUACAUCGAAUGGCUGGCAUGCCAUCCAGAGUUAGCUGCUGAUUCAGAGAUGGAUGAGAAGCAUGCAAAUGCUCGUUCUUUCUUCUGGAAUCAGUGUGUCUCACUUAUGAAUAAGCUCAUCCUCACAAACCUUGCUUCCUUUGAUUGUGAUGAUGACGAGGCAUGCUUUUUCGAUAUGAGCGUGUAUGAAGAAGGUGAAACUGGCAAUCGACUUGCAUUGUGGGAAGAUUUCGAAUUAAGGGGGUUUUUGCCCUUGGUGCCUGCGCAGCUUAUUUUGGACUUUUCAAGCAAGCACACAUUUGGAAAUGAUGGAAGCACCAAGGAGAAGAAAGCACGGGCUCAGCGGAUACUUUCUGCAGGGAAGGCUCUACUAAGUUUUGUUCAGAUUGAUCAACUGAGAAUAUUUUUUGAUCCAUCUUCAAGAAAGUUUGUUUUGGCCAAGGAACCUCCUGUUUUUGAAGCUGCUAUCUCUACUCGUAGAUCUUCCAAUGCACCUGCAGCGAAUGCUGUUGAGCUGGAACAUGAAACUGUUAGCAGAUUCGAUGCAGUGGCAGCUAAUGUUGGAGCAAUGCACGCGGGAGUACAGUUGUGUUCUGAAGGAGAAGAUGAUGAAGAAAUUGUUUUUAAGCCUACAGCUUCUGAGAAGUUCCCGAAAGUACUUACUGAACAACCCAUUAAUGGAUACAUCCAGCCUGUACAGAUGUCUACUGCUGGUUGGCCAACCAUUGCUAUCCAGAGUACUGCAUCUGUAUCAGCUCCUGGUAACGGUAAUGUUAGCGGACCACUUCCCAUGUCUUCUGUUGGUUGGGCUCCCAAUGGUGUUCAAGAGGUCAUUCCUAGUAAUGUUCCAAUGUCAUCUCCUUAUGAAUUUGUGCAGCCUGUUGGGAUUCCUACAUCCAGCUGGGCAAGUAAUGGUGCACCACUUGUUGGUCCUCUGAACACAAUACCAGCUUUCUCAGGUGUCGUCUCUGAUCCGCGUGUGUCUGCAUCAAUGAUUCCACAAAUGAAUGGCCCAGACUAUUUAAAAUCGCUCUUUGAACAAGAAAAACUCUUAAUGAUGGGACUGAACAAUGUUAAUUUGGCUGGAAAUGGAUUUCUUGACCAGAGGUUUCAAGGUGGAUUGAGUGGAUUACAGUCGAUGGGAUAUUCACCACAUGUAUCUGUUGAAUCUGGUCGUAACAAUGCAAGUUUGAUGCAUAAUCAGGUGAAGGCCAAUGAAGAGACUAUUCCAUCUACUUCUGAUUCAAUUGUACCGUCGGUAGCAGCAUCUGGUGGGGUGACAAUGAAGCUCACUGAUGCACCUGAAACUGUAUCGAAGAAGAAUCCUGUUAGUCGUCCAUCAAGGCCUGUUGGUCCUCCUCCAGGAUUUAACCAUGUCACACCAAAGCGUCAUGAUGAUUUCGCGGCAUUGGGGAAGCUGCAGAACCAACAGAUUGAUGAUUACAGUUGGCUGGAUGGCUACCAGCCAUCAAUGGACCAUAUUCACAACGCAAGAGCUAUUUAUCCUGAUGUUUCCACUACUACCAGUGCAUUCACCACCCCCUUCCCUUUCCCGGGGAAACAGCAGGUCUCUGGGGUGCAUGCCCAAACCACCAAUGAGAAAACAUGGCAAGAUUUCCAUCUUUUUGACCCUGCAAAACAGAAUAUGGUCCAAAACCACCAGCAAAUCAAUCAGCAAAGUGGUCAAGUCGCUGAAAAGCUGCCAGCAAAACCAAUCGGAUCUGGUCGUUAUCUUGUGUGACUAAGUAGCUUGUACCAGGAUGGUUACUGGAGUUCAUGAGGAUCUGUUGGAGUAAGUGGCACGCUUGAUACCUGUUCAAUUCAGCCCCAUAUCUGCAGCCCUUUCAUAGUGUUAAAUUUCUUUUGGAGAAUGGUGGUCUUGGAACCAUAGCAAGUGCUGCUGUUAGGUUUGGGUGUGCCAGGUCUUCUGGGCCAAUGGAAGGGUGGAAGCUGUUUGAUCUGUGGACGGUCUGAUGUGGAUGAAUUGUACGCAGAACCCUUGGAUGCUCAGGCAUGAGGGUUUGAUCGAAGGAACUCAAAUCCGGUCAUUGUAGGCACGCUAUGCGCUACGUCUCUCAUUGGAUUAACUACCUACCGUACCGUGAGAUUAGCCAGUGUGUGGCUGCUAUGAUGGGAACUAAAAAGCCAUUUGGUGUUGCUCAUGCUCAUCUAUGGCUCUACUGUGAAUUAAGUUCAAGGAACAGUUAGCUUGCUGGCAAGUUGGCUCUCGGAAGUAUACCGCAUCUACUUACGUUGCAUCGGUUGUGCCUGUUGGCAACAGCUGUGUUAUAGUUGUCGUUUUUUGAGGAAGUUCACUUCCAUACCCUUUGCUGUGAUUUGAACAAUUUGUUUUGGUGUUUGUCUGCUACUUUGUGCAAUAAGUUUCUUAUUACUUCGUAAAUAUAAUGUCAGACUGAAUACCAAUAUCAAUAUGGUUUUACAUUGA